AUGGCUCCGAGAGUUGUUCAAGGUUAUGUGUGGAAGAAUGUGGGAGCAGAAAGGAAGAAUCGUGGUGCACUAGGUGACAUAGGAAAUGUGGUUACCGUUGGUGGGGUCGAGGGGAAGCAGCUUCCUCAGGUUUCUCGACCGGUUACGAGGAGUUUUGUGCUCAGUUACUGGCUAAUGAACAGGCUGCAGCAGCUGAAAACAACAAGGCUGCAAAUGCCAAUGGCGGAUGGAGCUCAGAAAAAAGCUGCAGCAACCACCAAACCUAAGCCAGAGGAGAUUACAGAAGUUGCAGAGCUAAAGGAGAAGGCCGGAGAGAAGUCGUCAUUGAUGCUGCUGAUGUGA